AUGGAUCCAUUCUGUCGUGCUUUUGGGUCGGAUUGUCGGUGGUAUCACCGUCUCAAGUGCUUAUCUUCGUAUCAGUCGGGUUUUCAAUUGGCCUUUCAAAGAGUGGAGAAGAACACGGCACUCGCCGGGCCGCCAUUAGGAAGAGAAUACCAGGCGUUGCAGUUGGACGCCAUCCCUAUCUGGGUGGGACUGGAUGGCCCAGUGGAGGACGUUGUGGUAGAUGUAGACGACGAGGCAGGUCCCUUCACGCACUUCAGGAGAGUCUGGAAACGUCUCAAAUGGGAACCUGAUGACGUCCGUGAUCUUCGGAGUCGCCUUUGCAGCAAUAUCGGGCUUCUCAAUGCGAUCAACGUGCGGAUCAACCGCGACGGUAUCCUGGAACUACUGGAACACAAGAACAACGAGCAAGACCAGAAGUGUCUUGACUGGCUGUCGCCAGCGAACUAUGCAAUACCGCAGAGUGACUAUAUUGAUCGGCGCCAACCAGGAACAGGGGAUUGGCUUCUGGAGUCACCGGCGUUCCAACCAUGGAUCGAAAGACCGCAGGAAACAUUAUUCUGUCCCGGUAUUCCAGGAGCCGGCAAGACGAUCCUUGCAUCGGUUGUGGUCGACAAGCUGGAGUCUGAAUUUGGGAAUGACCGUGACGUCGGCAUUGCAUAUAUUUUCUGCAGUUUUGAACACCGCGAUGAUCAAAUGCAAAACCCAGACAGCUUACUGGCAAGCUUUCUCCGACAGCUGGGCCAGAAUCUGGAUCCAAUCCCAGACAGCAUUGUGGCGUUGUACGACAAGCACAAGGUUAAAGGAACGCGGCCGUCAUUCAAUGAAACUUCCAAGGCCCUACGGUUGGUUGUUCGUCGCUUGCCCAGGGUCUUCAUUGUCAUCGAUGCAUUGGACGAAUGCAGGCGACUUGCCAUAUCACGAGUACUGGAUGAACUCUUCAACCUCCAGGCGGCGCACAACCUAAACCUUCUAGCCACCUCAAGAUUUAUCCCAGAGAUGACGGCUAAGUUUCAGGGUAAACCUACAGAAGAGAUUCGUGCAGCAAAGGCAGACGUGAUGAUCUAUCUCAAUGCCAAUAUGAACAAGCUUCACGCCUUUGUGUCGCGAAAUCGACAGCUGCAGCAGAAGAUCAUAGUUGAAAUCAGCGAUGCCGCUGGUGGAAUGUUCCUCCUUGCACAGCUUUGCAUGAACUCACUGAGCGGGAAACUUUCAGAAAGAGCAAUCAGGCGCGAGCUAGAGGAGCUAGCGAAGGGUUCUGGAACGUAUGACUCCGCAUAUGACAAGGCUAUGCAGAGAAUCAACCACCAGGUCCCGGAAGGGCGUGAUAUGGCUAUCAAAGUCUUGUCCUGGGUGACCCGUGCCAGAAGGCCACUGACAGGGUUAGAGCUACUGCAUGCUCUUGCCGUGGAGCAGGGUGAAACCGAGUUCCAUAAAGAUAAUCUUCCCGAUCUCGACGACGUCAUUUCUGUUUGCGAAGGCUUAGUCAAAGUAACAACCGAUCCAAUGGGGGAUACCAUUCGACUGGUCCACUACACUACCAAGGAGUACUUUGACCGGAGAUGGACCAGUUGGUUCUCAGAUGCAGAUGCCAGCAUUGCAGCGACCUGUCUGACAUACCUAUCAUUCAAUGUUUUUCAAACAGGCCUCUGUCUCACCAAUACAGAGCUUGAAUCAUGGCUUGAUCAAAACCCUCUUUAUUCUUAUGCGGACAGGAACUGGGGAAAUCAUGCUCAGGCUCAGCCAAUAGACGAACAUUUGCUCAUGGCGUUUCUUGGCGAUACAGGCAAAGUCACUGCAAGUGUACAAGAAAUCUUCGCUGUCAAUGGAUUUUCAAGUUCUGCUGCGUUUGCUGGCCAUGCCGAUGUUGUCAAGCUCUUUCUGGAACAUGGUGUCGAUCCACACAUACGUGACUGGGAGGGUCGAACGCCAAUAUCUUUGGCCUCUUCGGGGGGGUGGGUCAACGUCGUGAAACAACUUCUGGAUCACGAUGUCGACCCAAACUCCAGAGAUAUCGAUGAUCAGUCUCCACUUUCAUGGGCAGCAUAUCGAGGUCACACCGACGCCGCUCACCUUCUGGUAAAGAGGGGCGCUGACCCUGACUCCAAGGACGGCUAUGACAAGACACCACUCUCUUGGGCAGCUGCUGAAGGCUGGCUGGAAAUCGUUCAGUUCCUAGUCGAAGAAGCCGUUAAAAUCGAUUCAAGGGAUGAGCUUGGACGGACACCAAUCUCAUGGGCUGCAGAGAACGGGCACGCCGCUGUGGUCAAGCUCCUGCUGGAGAAAGGCGCUCAGCCACCCUGGGAACAUGCGAAAGGCUCAGGUGCCCACUUUGCUUCAAGCAAUUUUGGACCUCACAUAGCCGAGCGUCUUUCAGGAGGCAUUUGGAAAACCGACACUACCCUCGGUGCACUUAUCUUUGCCCCGAAUCAUCUUGCCAAUGACGUUUCAACAGACUUGAUUCGGCGGCAGAGCACUGUCGAAGGAUGCAUGGGAUAA